UGUGUUGUAGUAAAUGACGUUUUACGUAAACAAACAAAACAAUUCCACAAUCUGUUAAAAUAUAGAAUUAUGGAUUCUCACCAGUAAGAUUGGUGGUUGCGUUGCCUUUUCUAUGUAUUUGUCAAUUCGUGUUAAUAGGUACACAUUUACUGCCUUACGUAUAAUCUUUCUUUUGUCGUUUGGUACCUUGGUUACUGACAACGUAACUCAGCCAACGCGGAAGGCGGGCAAUGUGACUGAGUACAGUAGCUUGCUGAGUUGUUUGUUAGAAUAGUUUUAUUCUUAAAUCAGGAAUCACAACAAACCCCUCUGCACAGAGGUUGCAAAUUCAGUACACAGCUUCGGUAAUAUGAAGUCCAGUGGUGGUGCCUUAUUUACAAGGCAGAACCCAUUCGUGCAAGAUCCUCCUUUGGGAAAGGCACACUACAACCCCACCCGUACCCAGAAGCUUCCAAAGCAACAAAGGAAAACAACUCUGAGUCCUGUUAGACUCACCAAGCCUUCCGGGUCACCGCCUGUCCAGACACUGUCUCUCAGCCCAGAGGACCAGCGCUUCCUAAGUGGAGCAAACCACUUAGUCCUCUGCCCCCCUCCUGCCACAGACACCCAGCCUAGUUUCUCAGAAUCCUGGCCUUCAACCGAUCUUGGGUCCUCCCCAGCCAACACAACUCCCUCACCCAAUGCGGAUGCUGUGACACAGGCUAAACAAGCAGGAAAGUCCAUGGAUCCUGAUGGACGAGGAGAUCAAGAAGAUUCAGUGUUGGCAAAGUAUGUUGAGCGCUUCCGUCAUGGCCGACCUCAGAGCCGAGAGGAACGUCAACAGAUGGGCACUGGAACGAGCGAGGGGCAGGAGCCUUUCUGGUGGCUGUCACCCUCGCCGUUACCCUCCAGUUCUACGCCCACCCAAACCUCAGACAAAAAGUUCUCGUUUCGUUUGAAAAACGACCCCACGGGCUCCACUCUGAGCCCAGUCGGCAAUCCUCAGCAUGACUCCACCCUGUCCAACUGCACAAAUCUCCUAGAUCUCAGUGCUAUGGGCCUGUCUGACUCUUCCCAUGGUUACCUUGGUGACUCGGAUAUACUGCAGCUGCAAGAGAGAGCCAACAGACUGCUACACAGAAGCGAGCACUCUGUCAGCAGUGGGUCUGUGCCCAUCAGCUCUGAAGGCCUGGCCUGUUCAGACUUCUCCUCCCCUGUCAGUGUAGAUGAGCCAGUCCGCAGGCCUACCAUUCCCAGUCUCAUCGACUCCACCACUGUGAAUCCAAGGACGGCUUCCUUUCAUGCUAACCCCGUCCUUAAACCUCUUGGUCGUUCUGCGAAUCGCACACGCCCUGAGGAGGAUAUCCUGUUCCAGUGGCGUCUAAGGAGAAAGAUGGAAAAUGCCAGACUGUGGCCACAGUCACUUUCACAACAGCCACAGUCAGCCAUCUGGCAGGAUCAUAAGAUCGUCUUUCCUGCUGAUCGCAUGCGUAGAGGCACACCUAACUUCACCCCUGCCCCUCAGGACACAGAGUCUGCCCCCCAUGGACCAUGCGGCCCAGAACCGGCACCUUCUCUCGUGCCUUCUUUUCCCAUCUCCAGCCCCACUGUGUCCAAACUGCUGUCUGAUGCCCCCGUCCCAGCCCACAUGCACCUCCUCUGCGAUGUCCUGCCCUGCCCCGACCGGCCUUCACCGCAGCCUGUGCACCGGAAAAGCCCCCAGAGAUGGCAGGUUUCUGGGAGUAACAUAGCCCCAAGGCAGCCCUCGGGUCCAGCCAACUCAGCAGACACCUCCACGGAGGAGCCCGCCAGUAAACACGAGUCCUCCCCCCCACCUGCUUCAUCUGAGACGACGGGGGAGGAGUGGGUGGAUGAGCAGAGGAGGGCUGAGGGGCAAAAGACCAAGGAGGCUCCUCCGAGGAAGCAUGUGGAGCAGUCCGAGAAGCAGCCAGGGACAUCCAGCAGAAAGAAAAAGAAGAAAACGGCAAGGGUUCGUGGGGACCAUGCUGAGAGGCCCGUCUAUACAGACAAAAGCCUAGCAGCAGUCCACCAGCGCAGGAGUCCAGACAGGGCCCACACAUGGAGGGAGGACAACAGCAGGGAUCCUGGCCGGCAGGAGAGAGCUCAGGGGUUGACCAGAGAAGGCCGCCCAGGAGACUGUGCGCCACCCCCCUCCCCCAUCCACAGCGCCCUGGGACAGGUCAUAUCAGGGGUUCUGUUUCCUACCCCGGAUUCACCCCCGGGCCCCAGGACCCCCAUGUCCGUGGACACCCCUCCCGCACCUCCACAAUCCCCUGCUGCCCUGGCCAGCGUGCAGCCACCCACGGAGGUCAUCUCCCAGCUGCUGCAAGAGGCUGAAGAUUCAGAUGAGAAGGAGUUUGAAGAUGACCCCUUACUUCAAGUCCUUCGGAAACAGAGAAGAUGGGUGAAGGAACAAUUGAGGCAAGUAGACUCACUGUUGGAAGACCUCCAAGAGGAAUGAUAGCCGCUGGUGAGAAUAAAGGAAAACAGCGCAGAAGCGUUUUUAACAUAAUUUGUAAAUAAAUAUAUUGUGCAUUUAUUUAUGUGACAGCAAAUAUUCCAACAAUAAAUAUUUGGUAAAUAUACA